GGACGCAGGUCCGCAGAGUUGAAUGCAGCACUGGAUAUCGGGUUUGCUGCAGUAGAGCACUGCUUUCUCGAUCUCUCUGCAUCCACCACACUCCCUAUUUCUCAACUGAUUAACUUAUUCCUGAAGAGUUGUGGACGCACCAUUAAUGGUACUAAUUAUUGGAACCUAUAUGCCAACUACUUCAAAGAACAUAUCCAGGCAGAACUCACGCCCAUUGGCAGAGAAGCUCCCGCUGGAGGUGCAACUGUGCGCACGCAAUGUUAUGACAAAUUCAAAGAAGCAUAUCCUGAUUCUUACCAAGAUAUCCUGCUAAUGCACGAGGAGGCAUCGCUCCUUGGAUCAUCGCCUCAAACGAUAGCUCAGCAUGGACAGGGCUUCCAAAAACAUUAUCGAAGAGUGAUACAGAUA